AUGGCCCAUAAUACAAUUGGUAAAAUUAUCUACGAGACUUGUAAUGCUAUUUGGGAGGUUUUUUCUAGCAUUCACUGUAUUGGAUGUAUUGACUCAAAACAUAUUCGUAUAAAAUGCCCAAAUAACUCUGGUUCGAUGUUUUAUAAUUACAAAGGUUACUUUUCUGUUCACUUACAAGGAGUCUGUGAUGCCAAAUAUAAAUUUAUAUCGGUUGAUAAUAUAGGAGCAUACGGACGACAGAGCGAUAGUGGAAUAUUUACCGAAUCAAAUAUUUUUAAAAAUUUGGAAGCUAAAUCCUUCAAUGUACCUAAUUACAGACAAGGCCGGAUUAAGAACCUAUUGGGCCCCGGGGUUGAAAUUUCAUAUGGGCCCUUUUGA